AAUCCUGGUGUUACGGUGUUUCAGAGUAAAGAGUUAAUUUCACAAAGUGGAAUUUUCAGAAAUCAACACAACUGGUGUAAAAAUUACUCUCUGACUGGUGAGACUAUGAGGAGUUGAACCUCAUUAACACGGGUUUUGUGUUAAGUUACAUCCGGGACAUUUACAAGCUGUUCGCGCCUACACUCGAAACUUUUCUCUCACAGACGCCAUUUUAUCUGACUGGAUGUGCGGAGGAGACAGCAUUAUAUUUACUGGUGAAACACAAAGUAAGUUAUUUAUUUAAGAUUGUAUUUUUGUUUAACCAUGUUUUUGGCAUCAAAAGCUGUUUUAUCAAUCAAAUUUGAUUAGUUAAAUGUUUUUACGUGGCAUCCGGGACUUUUACAUGCUGUUCGCGCCUAACAAGCAAAUUUUUACCUCACACACAGAUUGUAUUUUCUUCACUCCUGACGCAGCAGAGCGACAAGAUUCUUUGUCAGUAAAGAUAAGGAAAAACAGUAAAGAUAAAAGGUGAACGUCAUGUUUGUAAAAGUGCAGUUCCAAGGCUCUAAGAAAUUCAUCAAGCUGAACGAUGGAUUCACUUUCACUGAUUUUAUAACUGAAGUGCAAAGCAGAUUUGAAAUGCACACUGGAGCAGACUUGCGGAUAUAUGAUGAAUCCCACACCGAGAGAGUUGCUUGAAGCAGACCCAAAAUCAACGUUAAUCAUUGAAGAACUUAGUAAAGUUUGUGUGUCAGAGGAAGCAGCCAGCUCCUGCACAGAUACGCAGUCAAUUACAAGUCCUUCAUCUAGUGAACUUCAUGUGUCCUCUGGAAGAUGGUCCAAGAAAUCCAAAAUGUCAGAGCAGAGUGAUGAAUUUGGGGCAACAUCAGCUAAGGAGAUGGUUCUUACUGCCAUAAAAGAAAAAUCUAAAGGAGAUGACAUUCUUGAAGAGUACAAGGCCACCAACACCUUAUCAAAUGAGAUGAGAAGAGCUCUUGUUAACAUAUUAGUGGGACACAUGACAGAGAAACAUGGGAGGAUUCCACCUGUACAGCAGAGAGAGCAAUAUGCCCUUGGAAUAGUGACUUUGUUUCCGUCAUUGAAAGACCCAUUUUCUAAGAAGGGAUAUGAGCACUUCUAUGAUGCUGCAAGUGGGAGUGGAUAUCUUGCUUGGCGUCUAAAGACUGUCCUUAGAAACACUCGUCGCACUGAAAAAACUGCGCCUACAUCUCUACAAGGUGGUCCAAAGGUCAAGAGAGCUAUUAGCUUAGAACAACAACUUGAUGGCGAUGCUGCUUUGGAGGCCAUUUCGCUUCUCGCUCAUACAGAAGUUGAAUCAACUAUUUUUGAGAAGAUGAGACAGACAUUUCGUCAUCGCCAGGAACUUGUUCAAAAUGCAGAUACAGCAACAAAUGUUUUAAAAACCUUCCCAAGGUUUUUAGAUACCAAAGGAUUGGUGAAUCAAGAUUUUGAACUUCUCUUCAAUUUGGACACAUCUUCAAAGUUAAUGGAAAAGUGGGACAGAACCUUAAAGCCAAAAAUUAUCCAGGAAGCGAAAAACUUGACUCAGACCCCUGCUGUUCAGCGUUUUCUUCUGUCAGCUGAGAAAUCCUCAGAAAAAGCCAAUUCAGCCUGGGACAGUGAUUUGUCUACGCUGCUGCUGCUUGUUCACCUUCGUCCACCAUCUGCUGGGCGGAAAAGAUGGCUGCAAAAAUAAGUGCCACCAAUGCAGCUGACAAACUUGUUCUGUUUCAUAAGUCAUGUUGCAGCAUUGAUGAGCAUCUAGGGAAAGUUCAAAGUCACCAACCAUAUCUUCUAGCUGUGGGGAGGAGUCAAGAUGAGAUUGACAACUACUACAUUGCUCUGGAUAGUAAACUUAUACCAUGUCAAACAGCU